AUGGAAGAGAGCAAGGGAGGUGAACGGGAUCCUUACAACCCCGUAGAUGACAGCGCUAUGGCGGUCAGCGGCGGGGGUACCGCCGACGAAUGCGACAUCCCGGAAUUCUCUCUUUGUGCAGCCUUGGUGGGGCACACGGGGGACGUCAGGAGCCUCGCCGUCGGCAAGAGACACCUCUACAGCGGCGCUCGGGACAGCGUGGUCAUGGCCUGGCCACUGGACGAGGAUGGCCACAUCGACGGCACUCACGUGGCACCGGCAGCGCAAGUCACCCUCCCGGACUGGGUUAACGCGCUUGCCGUGAAGUCACCCGCGGGGGGCGAGGAGGUCAUCGUUGGCGGCUGCAAGGACGGGGGCAUCUAUGCGGUGGAGUGGGAGGAAGGGGGACCCGCAGCGGUGGCGGCAGCGGCAGCAGCCGGUGGGAACGGAGCGAAGCUCGUGGUUCGAAAGACUUUGCUCGGCCACAACGCCCCGAUUUCUUCCCUGUCAUGGACCUCCGAAGGGCUGUUGCUGUCGGGGUCGUGGGAUGAAACCGCCAAGGCCUGGGACCUCGAAACGGCCACGUGCAAGUGGACCCUGGGCGGACACGAGAACAACGUGUGCGUGCUCGGACUAGGAUCAGGCUCCGUCGCCACCGGCUCAACCGGGCUAAGUGUCGAGGGGCAUCUGGUGGGGCAGCAGAUCAGGAUGUGGGAGGGCUCGCCACCGAAGGAAUGGCGCAGCCUGACGGAUCACACUUCAGGGAUCCGUGAUCUUUGCCUGGUCGAUGCACCGGCAUCAUCGCUGUCAUCAUCGCCAGGACACUGCUUCUGCAGCGCCUCAAACGACGCCACGGUGCGCGUGUGGAGCGAGGACGGGGACUGUCGAGCGGUAGUCACGAUUCCCGGAGGAGGAGGAGGAGGCGGCGGUGGCGGUAUGAGCGCGGAAGGCAGCGUAGCCGACGUUGCCACCGGUUCUGCGGACUACGCCGUCCGGGUUUUCACACCCGACUCCGAGCGCUUCCUGCGGGGAGAUCGAUUGAAGGAGGCGCUGGAGGCGGUAGGGGGGGGUAGUAGCAGCGACGCGUGCGGCGGCGGCGCUUCGGCUGUUCCUGGCAGCGCCCCCCCCAGAGGAGGGAGAUCGGGCGGCGGGGGAGAAAACCUGCCGUCUACGUCGGAGAUGUCUGUCAUGGUCGGGGCGGAGGACGGGCAGCUGAGCGCCUUCGCUUGUCACGAAACCGGCGAGGCAAAGGUGUUCCGCUGGACAGAGGCGGUCGGGGGAGGGGGUGCCAAGUGGGAACAGCUGGGGGCGCUACGGCCCCCGGUGCGGAAAGUUGCCUUCGAGGGCGGGCUCUACGAUAAGGUUAUUCCUGUCGAGGUUGAAUCGGCAUCUCGGGGUUUCUUGGCGUUACAGCUUGGCGUUAACCACGGGGACGACCCCAAGGCGGUUGCCGACGCCUUUUGCAAGAAGCACUCCUUGGGACCAGAAUACUUGCCACAGAUCGAGCAGUUCUUGUUCAUCGCUUCUUUGUGAGAAAAGCUAGGGACUAUCGGCUCUACGAUGUCGACGACGGCAACAUCAUUUGUUUUCCUCAUGUUAUCUGCUUCUUUUUCGAGAAACGGCAAAAGAAGCGGGGAAGGACAAAAAAGAACAUGACGACCGAGGCACCGCGGAAUUGCAAGCACCCGAUACAAACAUACCCACCUCGGCGCGCACGUUUUGAAUCGCCUGCUCCAACAUCUUCGAACACGGCACAAGAGUUUGGGCCCGGUGAGGUGGCGGGCCACGCCCGGAGGAACCCGUUCUCCCGAUACAACCUUUGCAGUACGACUUGCUGCCUCUGUUGUCGCCGUUGUGCAUUACCCCAUUUUCAAGCAACGAAACCGGCAUCAGCGAUUUUGAUUGGUUGACUGUUCGUCGCGUUCCGGGACUAGGAUCGUGCAUCAUCAAGUGUAGACUACGUGUCAAGCUGGUGCAUGUACCUGCGGAUAUUUUGUGGGCAGUGUAUCGGAGUAGACGGGUCCCCGUUUCUCUGCCGAUGCCAUCAUAUUUUUUUUAGGACAUGCACGGCAGAACACAGCGGAGCCGGCUGACAUAGGGAUAGGCACAUGAGGGGAGGAAAUUUGGUAGUUGUUGACUUCUUGAGUUGCCGGUAGUCGAUUCCAGUUUUUUCUUCAAACUGUAGAUACCCUCGGACAUGUAACAGCAAAACUUGCGUGGUGUCGUCCACCUCAACACGAGGAAAGGAGCAGAACACCAACUACCACUGGUUUUGCGGCGAUUCUGCAGGUCGCCUUUCCCGUGCCCUAUGCGUACGACUCAGCCAGUCAGUUGCAUUCAGCAGCCUCUUGUUGAGUAAGGAGGGUUGGUGAGAUGCGCCCUAGCACUACCGGUUUUUGCGACGAUUCAGCAGGAUACCCGUAUUGUGUGCACACGACUUCGCCAACCAAUUGCACUCAGUAGCAGCCUCCGGGAUGGUUGAUGAGAUGGGCCCACCUCCUGCAGGAAGGCGGCUCGAUCCCCCCCCGCGGCAAUCGCUACUCUUUCUCCCGGUAUACGGUACGGUUUUCUUGGCAGGGCGUUUGUUCGAGGGCCGGAAAACGGGGGGAGGGGCGCAUGCCUGUCUGUGUGUGGAAUAGAUCCCCAUGCACACACUGAACGCGCCCGUACUCAAGAACCUCUAGGGAGUCGGCGGAGGCUGCGGUUCUUACUUCCUAGGGCCAUGCUAGGAAUGGUUGGUAUAUCGGUUUCAGUGGUGGGGGUUCUUAUCCGAGCUCGCACAUGAUGGUGGUGCUCAAGUUGUUAAAUUUUUGAGUUUUUUUUAGGCUCCAUUUCUUCGAUGUUCCGUGUUUGCACGAGGCUACGCUUCUGAAAACCGUUACCCUUCUUC